ACUUGCUACCAAAAAUUGCAGUUGGUGGAGUUGUUUUAGCCAAAAAGGCAACAGGGCAAUUAGGCCGAUGGGAGUUUCAGUGGGGAAGAAGGAUCGCAGACGCAGACAAACUCAAAUAAUGUGUGGUAAAAGUAAAUCGAAUUAAAGAUUUUUUUUAAAAGAGAGGUGUAUCUUGCGCCGCAUGUUACUCUCUUUGGAUAUUAUUGUUGUUGUUUUUUAUCAUCGGAGCCAACACCACAUAGAGUUUUGUGGGUUGUUUGAAAAUGUCCCAGAAGAGGCAACAAGACGAUUGCAAGGCUAAGGCAGAAGGGAAUAGUCCAGAGGACAAGCGAAGGAAAGUUCUUACUUUCAAGAAGGUGGUUCAGGAGGUUAUGAAGAUACGGUCUGUUCAGCGUUUACUGGAGCCAGUUUUGGAGCCUCUCAUUCGUAGGGUGGUGAAAGAGGAAGUUGAGUCAGCUCUAAAGAAACAUUUGGUUACUGUCAAAUGGAGUAACGGGAAAGAGAUACAUGCUCUUGAAUCAAGAAGCUUUCAACUGAAGUUUGUAAAUAAUCUUUCUCUUCCUGUGUUUACUGGGGCUCGAAUUGAAGGAGAUGAUUCUGCUAUUAAAAUAGCUCUUGUUGAUACUCUUACUGGGCAAAUUGUUUCCUCUGGUCCUGAAUCCUCUGCCAAGGUGGAAAUUGUUGUUCUGGAAGGUGACUUUGAUGGUGAUGAGGCUGAAAAUUGGACAGUUGAAGAGUUUAAAAACAACAUUGUGAGAGAGAGAGAGGGAAAGAAACCCCUUCUAACAGGAGAUGCAUUUUUUACUCUUAAGGAUGGUAUUGGUGUGGUGGGUGAGAUUUCAUUUUCUGAUAACUCAAGCUGGACCAGGAGUCGUAGAUUUAGACUUGGGGCACGAGUGGUGGAUAACUCAGAUGGAACUAGAAUAAGGGAAGCAAAGACAGAAUCCUUCAUUGUUAGGGAUCACCGAGGGGAACUGUACAAGAAGCACCACCCUCCUAACCUGUUUGAUGAAGUUUGGAGAUUAGAAAAGAUUGGAAAAGAUGGAGCUUUCCACAAGCGUUUGACUCGAGAAAGUAUAUUGACUGUCAAGGAUUUCUUGACCUUGCUCAUAUUAGACCCUCCAAGGCUUCGACAUAUUCUUGGAACAGGUAUGUCAGCGAAGAUGUGGGAAGUCACUGUGGACCAUGCUCGGACAUGUGUACUUGAUAAGAGGACGUUCUUGUAUUGCCCGCCUGGUUCUCAACAGAAAUCUGGUGUGGUCUUCAAUGUCGUGGGACAAGUGAUGGGAUUACUUUCAGAAUGCCAGUAUGCCCCCGUUGAUAAGCUGUCUGAAACCCAAAAGGUUGAAGCUCAAAGCUUGGUAAUUACUGCAUAUAAACAUUGGGAUGAAGUAAUCUCUUUUGAGGAUGAAGCCUCCCUCAUGGGUUCCUCUCUGCAAGUAACUAAUGCUGUUUGCACAUCAAGCUCACCCAUGACUGAUAUCUCUGAUGGGAGCAAGACUUUGGCUUCCCAGAAGAUGGGCGGAUUUGAUUACACACAACUGAAUGCCCCUUCUCCUGACAUUAUGUCAUCCAUUUAUUCAGUUGGUAGUGUGACUGGCUUGGAUGAUUAUGGUUUACACAGUAUUGAAAAUAUGGGGCUCAGAUAUGACCAGACGAUGAGUUAUCCUGGUCAAGUCAGCAACUCCCUGAUCUGUGAUACAGAGUCCAUCACUCAUUCUUUCUGUGACGAGGAUCAUCUGCGUUUCUUUGAUACUGAUCUUCAAUCUCAGAGUAUCACUUUGGAAACACAGGCUGAUCUACAAAGUGCAGUUGAUGGCUUCUUAAGACAUUCUACCAAUGGUAGAACUGCUCAGAUUAGAUGGACAAAGUUAUUUAGUGUGCUGAAAUUUUUCUCUGUAAGGAAAGUUGUGGCCAAAAGAACAACUUCUCUUCCUAGAUACACUGAUGGAAUGUGAAAUUUGGUUUCAUUUUGGUAGCAAGUGUUAUACUGAGAGCUGCCCAAUUAAGUUUUGUGUGCAGUUGUAGUUGAUUCAGCUCAUGGUUCAUAAAAUUUGGUUCUGCUUUCUGAAGAUGAAAAUAAAGCAUUAGAUUGUAGAUAUGUAAAUGUACAGAAAGUUAUUAUUAGGCUUAGAUUUCUCACUGUAAACUUUCAGUUGCUUCAUUUGAAGCGCCAAUGUUCAUUUGAGAGCUUCAAUGUUUUGGCAGUAGCUGUCAUGUUGGUUAUCAUUUUGUACGACUGCAUUUUGGUAAAUAAAGGCCAAGUGUUUUAUUUCUUGCUUUCA